AUGCCUGAAUCAAAAAUAAUAAAAAACGGCCACAAACAAGACGCAAAUUGCGCAAAACCCACUGAAACCUUCACCGGCGACGUUUUCCUCGAUCCCAUCCACUUCGAUGCCGACGCAGCAAUUGCCAACGUCACAUUUACGCCCUGCGCCCGAACUCACUGGCAUACCCAUGAGAAGGGUCAAAUGAUCAAGGUUAUUGCUGGCAAUGGCUGGAUUUGCGAUAGAGGCGGUGUUCCGCACAGACUCAAGACUGGGGAUGUUGUCUGGGCGCCGGCUGGGACUACGCAUUGGCAUGGGGCUGACGAGGGCAGUAUUAUGACGCAUUUUGUGGUUGGGCUUGGGCAGACUGUUUGGCAUGAGGCUGUUAGUGAUGAUGAGUAUGGGCAGAAGGGCAGCGUUUGA